AUGGACGUCGACUGGACCGGCAACGCACAAGCGUCCAGCUCGCAUGCUGUGGAUGGUGCAACAGAGCAAGUGGGCAUGCCCAAGCGCUUUGCUGCCCUACCCGUCGAAGUCACUGCAGCUGCCCCUUUCGACCUGGACACUUACGCUGCUCAGUACAAAGGCCGGCGUCGUAUACAGCAUCUGCUCUUUGUGGCCCGUUCGACAGUGACAUCGACGCCUUCACUUUCCAGGGCUGCCUUUCUGUUGGCGCUCAAGACGAUCCAGGCCGACACGACCGAUGAGAGCCUGUACACGUCUACGCUGAACGAUUACAACAUAGCCGCUGCGAAAGAGUGGGGGGAAAGUCAGCUCGCGUCGGAUAGCGCUUGGCUCGAUCGCGCCGAACGAAAGACGGACGAUACCAAAGAUCGUCUGGAAGUCGAGCUCAAGACGUACGAGAACAAUCUCAUCAAGGAGAGCAUCAGAAUCGGGCACCGUGAUAUCGGCAACUUUCUGCAUUCGGUAGGCGACUUGCAAGGCUCGCUCAAGUCGUUUGGCAAAUCCCGCGAAUUUGGCACCAUCACCGCUCACAUCAUCGAGAUGAGUCUGUCCAUCAUCGAUGUCGUGCUAGAGCUGCAACAGUAUGGCGCCAUCAAAUCUCACGCUAGCAAGGCCCUCUCUCAUCUCGCCCAUCCUCGUCCUGCGCAAGGCGCGACAGACAAGUCGACAGGUUCAGCAGCCCAAUCCGACAAUGUCAAAAUUGCUUCGUUGGCCAAUGCGAGCAUAACAGAUGCGAGGACGCAACUGGCAAAGGACAAGCAGCUCAACGAGACGAGAGACAGGCUAGCAAUCGCCAGUGGUAUAGCCGAGCUCGGUCAAGGAAGCUACCACACCGUGCUGCCUUCCUUCUUAUCGAGCUCUGCUUUGUCCGAUGAGACUUCAGAUGGCACUGACGAAUCUGUCGGACGGCCUCUACCUGUCGGCUGCGGCUUGGACGGCUAUGUGUCUACUGCCGAUCUUGCCAUCUAUGUGGUUCUAUGCGCCAUUGCUACCCUUGAACGCAACGCUCUCAAGGCAAGGAUCAUCGACAACCCCGGCAUUCGAAGUCUGCUCGAAUAUGAGCCCUACCUCAAAGACCUGCUCUCUGCUUUCUACAGCGGUCAGUACCGCCAAGGCCUCGAACUGCUCGAGCUGCACAAAUCACGCUUCAUGCUCGAUCUUCACCUGAGCCCGCAUGUGCCAGCCCUCUUUGAUCACAUUCGUUCGCGUUCGGUAUUACAGUACUUUGAGCCAUACGAAGCAGUCCAGCUCUCGCGCAUGGCUACAGAUUUCGGCUGGAACGACAUGACGACAGAGCAUUACGUUUUGCAAGCCAUCCAGUCUGGCUCCCUGCAAGCUCGACUCGAUUGUCGCGACAGGGUCGUUCGCACACGGAAAGAUGACGUACGCACGGAGCUCUUUGCCCAGACUAUCCAGCUCCAGCGAAAGCAAGCACGCCAGUCUGAAGAUCUCGCCUACCACUUCAGGCUGAUCCAGUCCAACUACGUAGCAAACGUGGCAAAAGACAAACGUCCAUCCCCUGCACCGUCUACAUCGUAUCUGCAUACGCAAGCAGUCAACAUGGUCGAGAAGAUCCAGCUCGGCUUCAUCGGCCUCGGCAACAUGGGCGCGGCCAUGGCCAACAAUCUGAACAAGUGGGCAAGGGACGAACAGCUGCCUGCUUUGCUCGUCUACAACAGGACGAGAUCAAAGUGCGAUGCGGUCGAGAAGCAAGGCGCCGUCGUCGCAGCAUCGGCAGGCGAGAUAGCGAGCAAAUGUGACCUCGUCAUCACUUCCCUUUCAAACGAUGCAGCAGCGGAAACCGUCUAUGCAGAGAUGAUCAAAGCGAUCGAGUCAAAGGAAAUAUCAGACAAGCAGCAAAAGACCGUCUUUGUCGAAUGCUCAACGCUCUAUCCCUCCUUCGUGGGCCAGCUAGAGCAACGCAUGGAGAAAACGGGCAAAGCGCAUCUGCUUUCCUGCCCUUGCUUUGGUCCUCCGCCCAUGGCCGUGUCUGCUCAGCUCGUGGUGGUCAUGUCGGGCGACUUGUACGCCAGACGAAGGGCAUCACCUUAUCUCGCACCGUCCAUCGGUCGGGCGACACUCGACGUGGGCUCAAACGUCGAAAAAGCAGCAGCGCUCAAACUCAUUGGCAACUCUUGCGUCUUGGGCAUCAUUGAGCUGCUCGCGGAAUCAAUGACCCUCGCGGACAAGUCUGGCGUAGGAUCAGAGACGCUCUUCUCCUUCCUCGAAGCUUUCAUGCCUGCGCCCUCCAUCUUGGGUUACGGCAAGAAGAUGGUUGACGACAAUUUUGAUGGCACAUCCGGCUUCUCGCUCGACGGAGGGAUCAAGGAUGCCUCUCACAUACGCAAACUAGCAGAAAGCGUAGACUGCCCGGUGCCCAUCAUUGACGCUGCCCACAGCCAUCUGAUCACUGCAAGAGCACAAGGAGGUAGUCAUCUCGACUGGAGCUCACUCGUGGGCGGCCAGCGUAUCAGCGCAGGCUUGGCACCCUUCAAACGGGCAAGACACUUUGACAAGGCAGAGAUCUAG